AUGUCUAUGAGUCGAAAGGUUAAUGAGGUUACUUCUUCACCGCAUUUAGAACAUAGGAUUGGUAAUAUGGAGAAGUUUAUACAACAAAUGGACUCAGUAAUCAUUCCUUCUUAUGAGGAAGAAGUUGAACAAGUAAAUGCAGUAUUUCCGAAUCAACAGAGACAACGGUAUGAUCCAUAUUCCAACACUUAUAGUCUAGGGUGGAGAGAUCAUCCCAAUUUUAGUUAUGCAAACAAGCAAGAUGCAGAUCAAGGACCGGUUUUCAAUCGUCCUAGUGGUGUUCAACAACAACAACAACCACAACCAGUGCAGAACUCAGAAUCAUCAGAGAUGCUUGCUAUGAUGAAUAAUCUAACCACAAUGGUGCAAAAGAAUCAGCAAACGGCUGAUGGUGCCAUCAAGGAGUUGCAGACACAAAUUAGCACCAUGGAUGGUAGAUUGAACCAUUUGGAGACGCAGAAUAAUGGGAAACUCCCUUAUCAACCUCUUAACCCAAGAGAUUCUGUCAACGCUGUGACAUUGAGAAAUGGUACACGAACUGUGCAACCAGAAGAUGCUGAGAAUAACAAAGACCCUAAGGGGCCGGUUUUGGAGAAAGAUAUUACUGACUUUUCCCAAACCGAUGAGGUACCUAAAGAAAACUCUAAGACUCAUGUUUCUACUUAUGUUCCUCCUUUUCCUUUUCCUCGCAGGUUUGAUAACUCUAAAAAGGCGGAACAAGAUAAGGAGAUCUUAGAUAUUUUCAGGAAGAUUCAUGUGAACAUUCCACUAAUGGAUGCUAUUAAACAAAUCCCCAAGUACGCGAGAAUUAUGAAAAACUUGUGCACCAAUAAACAGAGGUUAACCGGUAAUGAGGUAAUGAAAGUGGGGGAAAAUUCUUCGGCUAUCUUGCAAAAGAAACUCCCACUUAAAUAUAAAGACCCCGAUAGUUUUGAUAUUCCUAUUUUUAUUGGUAACACUAAGUUUAAUAAGGCCAUGCUUGAUUUAGGAGCAUCAGUAAAUGUUAUGACUGCAUCUAUAUAUGAAUCUCUCAAUUUAGGUCCCUUGAAAGAAACUGGAAUUACUUUACAGUUGGCUGACCGUUCUAAUGUAUACCCUAGAGGUAUUAUUGAGGAUGUACUUGUGCAGGUGAACCAGCUAAUUUUUCCAGCGGAUUUCCGUGUAUUGGAGAUGAUAGACGGAUUAACUUACACAUAUCUACCGUUACUUCUUGGUCGACCAUUUAUGAGCACGGCUAGAACUAAAAUUGAUGUGCAUGAUGGUUCAUUGACUAUGAAAUUUGAUGGAGAAGUAAUAUGUUUCAACAUUUACGAAACAAUGAGAUAUCCUAGUGUUGUCCACUAUUGCUUCUCUGUUGAUGUGAUUGACUCACUAGCUCAACAGAUGUUUGAUUUGAGGUGUGAUGAUCCAUUGGAGACUGUUAUCACGAGAAGUGUGGGCUCUAAAGAUUUUAAAGAUCCGAGGACCGAGCUUAAGUUAGGGGACAAAUUUGAGGAAACCAUUGGUGAACUUAAUUCGUUGCAACAGUGCCCACCUACUCAUGAUAUUUCUUUUAUCUCUUUACCAUGGAUGAAAAGUUAUUGUCAUCUAUUUUGCAGGCACCUAAGCUAG